UUAGAGCAGGUCUGGCCACAGCAACAAACCUCCUCAUGGCUUUUUGGAUAGCAGCGUCCCUCUGCCUGUAUUUCCUGCUGGGAGUAAAUUGCUGGCAUGACCUGGACAACACAGAGUACGACUGUUGGCCGAUCAACAAUCCAAAUGAUUACAACAUGAUUAGCUGUGGAGGUCUGGAAAUGUCCUGGGUGCAGCGUCCCCCAGAGAAAGUAACCAACGGUGAGGAGUUCAAUGUCUCGUACACGGUGACGGCCUCAGAUUCCUUCUACGAGUACGCCAUCAGGAACAAGAUCUUCCAGUUUAGUGAUGCGUCAGAGGCGAAGAGGUUCUGUCAUGAACAUGAGUGCCCGGCAAACUGGAACAACGCCAAUGAAAUGAACUGCUGUGUGUAUCACGCCAACAUCCACUCCUGUCCUCUCGGUCUCAUGAAACAAGGUGGAAUCUGUGGCCCUUGGAUUCCUGAUGAUGGUAAAAUAGUGACUCACACUGUAUCCAAAGCAGGCAAGAUGUCCCAGAAAUACUGGACUUCAAAGGUGGUGCUGAUCCAUGUGGGAGUCACCUCAGUCAUUGCUCACAUCAAAAUCGGACAGAUGCACGCAGCACUGGAGUCCAAAGUGCUUGUUGUCAGUGCCCAAGUGUGUGGGGACGACGUCUGCGAGCUGGAGGAGAACUGUCUGAACUGUCCUGCAGACUGCGGCAUCUGCCCAAUGUCCAUCGCUAUCAAAGUAGCCAUUGGCCUUCCAGUCACCCUCUUCAGCAGUGGCUUCAUCCUAACCAUGGUGUGGCUUCAGUACCAGAAACAGAAGAUGUUUUGGGAUGAAAGCUGGAUCAUCAACUACAAGAACAUCAUAUUUGGUAGAAUGUGCUGGAUGGGCAUUGGCAGCAUCACGAGCCUGCAGCGCGGAAAGAGUAACUCCACCAUCAGUCAAAUUACUGAUUUGACUGUGUGCACUGGAGUCAACACCUCUUUCAAACAAGGCUUCAUCCAGCCAGCCAUAUAUGAUGGAAGGACUGUAGCGGUGAAACACAUCCAGAAGAAACAUUUCGCUCUGUCUAAAACCAUCAGGAAGGAGGUGAAAGAAGUCAGGCAACUGGACCACCCCAAUCUAUGCAAGUUCAUUGGUGGUUCCAUUGAGGUGCCUUAUGUGAGCAUCAUCACAGAGCACUGCCCCAAAGGGAGCCUGUCUGAUGUCCUGCUGAAUGAUGACAUCCCCAUCAACUGGGGCUUCAGGCCAGGAAACCUCCACACGCAGCCUUGUUUAUUUACAUUGUUUUGGAUGCGAAUACUAUACUAUAUUUACUCCUAUAUUAUAAGAGAGUCUCCUCCCCCAUACAGGCUGUCGUUUGCCACUGACAUCGCCCGGGGGAUGUGUUACCUCCACCAGCACAAAAUGUUUCAUGGGAGACUUCACUCCAGAAACUGUGUUAUUGAUGACCGCUGGGUGUGCAAAAUCUCAGAUUAUGGGCUCACAGCCUACAGAAAGGAGGACUUUGAGGCCGUCAGUAAUGGCUUCAACUGUGGGGAUGUAAACCGCGUGUACUGUGCUCCAGAGGUGCUGCUGGGAAGCAGUUCCAAUAUGGCACCAGCAGCGGACGUCUACAGCUACUCCAUGAUUCUGGUCGAGAUUGCAACUCGCUCUGACCUCAUUUCAGACCAGACUGAGGGAGUGAGGAUAGAUAUCAUGUGGCGCCCCCCUCUGCCUGAACUCAAAGCAGGGAAGGCAGAUACUGACUGUCCAAGUCAGGGAGACUACAGUGAGCUCAUUAAGAAAUGCUGGUCUCACAACUUCACCAUGAGACCUACAUUUGAGCAAGUGAAGAAGAUGCUUGACAAGAUGAACCCACACAAAGUCAGCCCAGUGGACAUGAUGAUGAACCUGAUGGAGAAGUACAGCAAACAUCUGGAGGCCAUAGUUGCUGAGAGAACACAGGACCUUCUUCAAGAGAAACAGAAGACAGAUCGACUGCUAUACAGUAUGUUACCAAAGCCGGUGGCCGAUGACCUCCGUCAAGGUCGAACAGCAGAGGCUCAGAGCUACUCCAAUGCCACCGUCUACUUCAGCGACAUUGUUGGAUUUACUCAGCUGUCUGGUGCCAGCACACCCCACCAGGUAGUAGACUUCCUCAACCAGCUCUACACCACCUUCGACGACAUUAUUGACAAUUAUGAUGUCUACAAAGUGGAGACAAUAGGCGAUGCUUACAUGGUGGUCUCUGGGGUCCCUAAAGAAAAUGGCAUCUAUCAUGCCGGAGAGAUAGCCAGCAUGGCCCUGGAUCUGGUCAGUGUCUGUCACAAUUUCAAGAUCCCCCACAAGCCCAACACACAGCUGAAGAUCCGCGCCGGCAUCCACUCAGGACCUGUUGUGGCCGGUGUGGUUGGCACCAAAAUGCCACGCUACUGCCUUUUCGGAGACACUGUCAACACAGCAUCACGGAUGGAAUCAACUAGUGAAGCUCUGAAGAUCCAGGUGAGUGAUGCCACAGCUGACCUGCUUCACACACUCAGAGGUUACGUUCUGACCUGCAGAGGAACACUUAAUGUGAAAGGCAAGGGGGAUAUGACAACAUGGUGGCUUGAAGCAAAGAGAGACGAUCACACAGACCCGCUGCUCAGAACAUGUGAAUCCAGAGGAGUCCCAGUACCAGUUAGUGACUAAAUCUAGAGUCUAAAUUGUGAAAAUAAAUGUAUGAACUGGUUAGGCUUGGUGUUAUGAAAUUGAACUGGGUCCAGUGAAUUAAGUUAGACUUAAAAGUGCAGAUAUUAUAAGAUUAAAUUAUGAGAUGAAAAAUUAUUGUGAAUGUAGAUGUCACACUGCACUGUAAAUUCACAAGAUGAUACUAGUGUUUUAUUGUGCUGUUCAUUAUCAUAGUUCCAUUAUUGUGACCAGGGGUAAUGAUGACAAGCGAAAUCCUAUUGAUAAUAAGAAGAAAUGCACAAUACCUACAAAAAAAAAAAAAAAAAACAUUGUUUUUUUGUAAUAUGAUUGUGCAGGACAUAGUCAUGUAUUAUUUAUUGUUUUGCACUUUUUGGGAAGAAUCAAAAAAACAUAUGCAGAAAAACAUGCCAGAGCUGAGGAAAUGCUGUUUUGGCCCCACAUUAUUAUUAUUUUUUUUGUCAUCUAUACCUUUUGUAUUUUGCAAUCUGAGGCACUUUUCUGUUUCCUAAUAAAUUAAAAGUAAAGGAUAUAUUCACUGCCUGAAAAUUAAAACAACUCUCUUACAAUAAGUAAAUUAAACUUUUCAGUGAACUCAGAUAAACUAGAUUUUUGCUCUACAAAGAAACAUCUUUAUAGUCUGAUUCCUUACAUUUCAAACAUUUUGUCUAAGAACAUGUAAUCUGACAAUAAAUGCCUGACCAUACACCUUUUCUAUCUGAAAAGCUUGAUUUACCUAUGAAUGUACAAGUAAUUUGGAACCAAACUCUUCCAUUAAUGCUUCUUGUGAGUUUGCUUUAAAUUUUCAAAAUUUUACUUGCAGAGUAGAUUUGAUACACAAAGCCUUACUCAUUACUUUUGUAGAGGAAGAAUGUACAGUUUUGUUUUUCAUAAGUGUUGCUUACUGUGCAGUGCAAUGAUUUCUUUUACUGUAUUGUUCUUAUAUCCAGUGAUGAUAUGAAUUGCAUUAAAGUAACU